UUUCCCGGUGCCUGCCGCUUAACGUGGAGACAAAUACGAGCGAGAGAGGGGAAGAGGAGGGGUACGGGACAAAUUCAUCUUGGGCCACAGCGGUGGCACAGCGCGAGACGGCAAAGCGUUGCAGCGAAGAUUGUAUUUUGCUCGUUCGCUGGAAACGGGCGGCGGACACGGGAUGGAUCUACCUGCCGUCGGGGAGCAUGUGUUCGCGGUGGAGGGCAUCGAAAAGAAGCGUCUACGGAAGGGCAGAAUCGAGUAUCUGGUGAAGUGGCGAGGAUGGUCAGCCAAAUAUAACACAUGGGAACCCGAGGAAAACAUUCUUGACCCGCGCCUUCUCGUGGCUUUCCAAAACAGAGAAAGGCAGGAGCAAAUGGUGGGAUAUCGCAAAAGAGGGCCUAAACCCAAACACCCUCUUGUCCAGCUUCCUGCGUUUGCUCGUAGAUCAAGCAUCCUGGGUGGUCUUCAGGACACAUCAUUGGAUGAGGAGAACCAGCCCAAAGUGGAGCCCCUCCAGCUCCACUGCUCACGGCCGCAGCACUACCAGCUGAACAGCAAAAAACACCACCUGUACCAGCCCAGCUGCAGGGAGAUCUCCGUAGAACAACAUGUGAUUGGGAAAAAGAAGCACUUCUACCAGCUGAACAGCAAGAAACAUCAUCACUACCAGCCGGACCCCAAGAUGUAUGACACACCACUCACGGGACCCAAUGAGGUCAAGGUUCAAGACCCUUCCAGCAAAGUUUGGAACCUCCCUCCAGCCUUGCAACAGAAGUGGAUUAAGAACAAAGAUACCAGCUGCCUGAGUAAAGUGAAAGAUCUGUCUAUCCAGCUCAAGAGCCUGCCGGAUAAUGCUGACAAAGCGGAGUGGGCACUUAAGACGAAGGCCAAAGAGUUCGCACUUCCUAACGGCAUCAGCAGCAAGAUGAAAAUAAUCAAGAACAAAAACAAAAACGGACGAAUUGUGAUUGUAAUGAGCAAAUACAUGGACAAAGGUGUGCAUUCAUCUAAAGUAAAAAACAAGGAUGUUUCUCAAGUGGAAACGCAGCACAAUGAGGAAUCUACACUGAAUAAUAAGGACAAUCUUUCUGAUGGUGAAACUUCAGAAGGCCGUGAGAAUGGCACUGCUGAGAACACUAACACAUUUUCUUCUUCUAGUGAAUGCGUUCAUGAAAACUCCAUCAAAAAGGCUGAACUUCCAAAAGCUACGUCUACAGAGACUGAACAAACAGUGAUGUAUAUAUGCGACCAACCAAACUUUUCUCCCAUGGAAGCAGAGAAGGCCCCCCCAUCCCACAUGGACACCAAACUCAAUCACCGCAAGAGGAACCUCUCAGAACCCAGUGAGGAUGUGAGAAACUGUAAGCAGUUCAUCAGCUCCAGGAGUAUACGUGCACCAAACACCGUGCUUUCAUCCCCUCAGAGAGAACCUAUAGACCUGCAUUACAGAGGCUGCCUUGCCAGCAGAGCCUACAGUUAUGACUUAAGCGACACCAUUCCUGAAGAGCCUAUUGACUUGAGCUGUGGUCCAACUAAAACUCUUAAACAGUUUCCCACAGCGGAGAAGGUUUCAGGAAGCUCAGUGCAAGCGGAGAAUACAAACAACAAUUUUAAACCAUUUGUGGGUAACGUUAUCAUCACUGAUAUCACUACGAACUGCUUAACCGUGACCUUUAAGGAAUACAUUCAAGGAUAAUGACUACAAUUCGCUGGACUGAAAUUUGUUCAUUUGAACCAGCUCAAAGUUGAUUCAUGUCAGAUGCACUAAUCAUAACCAUUCCUGAUAAUGUGGAGACGUUU